AUGCGUGUCUCCAUCCUCUCCGCUACGGCGCUCCUCAUCGGCGCCGGCAGCGCCAUCGACACACAAUUCACGCCGCCGCUGAUCCCCCUCAUGAAGGAUGCCGGCUCGACCGAGCUCUUUCCCAUGGGCGACUGCCACGGUUUCACCCUCGAGGAAGCCACCAUUGACCAGAUGCAGCUGGCCAUGAACAAGACCCAGCUCACCUCGGUCCAGCUGGUCGGAUGCUAUCUUACGAGAGUGUUUCAGACCCAAGAGUAUAUCAACUCCGUCCUCCAGGUCAACCCCGACGUCUUCGCCAUCGCCGCCCAGCUCGACGCCGAGCGUCAGGCCGGCAAGGUCCGCGGCCCGCUGCACGGUAUCCCCUUCACCGUCAAGGACAACAUCGCCACCAAGGACAACAUGGAGACGACGGCCGGCAGCUGGGCCCUGCUCGGCAGCGUGGUGCCCCGUGAUGCCCACGUCGUCGCCCGCCUGCGCGCGGCCGGCGCCGUGCUGCUCGGCAAGGCCACCCUCAGCGAGUGGGCCGACAUGCGCAGCAGCAACUACUCCGAGGGCUUCUCCGGUCGCGGAGGACAGUGCCGCAGCUCCUACAACCUCACCGUGAACCCCGGCGGCAGCAGCUCCGGCAGCGCCGUCGGCGUCGCGGCCAACGUCGUCGCCUUUUCGCUCGGCACCGAGACUGACGGCAGUGUCAUCAACCCCGCCUCCCGCAACGCCCUCGUCGGCUUCAAGCCCACCGUCGGCCGCACCUCCCGCGCUGGCGUCAUCCCCGAGACGGAGCACCAAGACUCGGUCGGCACCUUUGGCCGCACCGUGCGCGACGCCGUCUACGCCUUCGACGCCAUCCACGGCAAGGACCCCCGCGACAACUACACCCUCGCCGACGGCGCCAAGGCCCCUCCCGCGGCCGGCUACGCCUCCCUGCUGCGCACCAAGUCGGCGCUCAAGUGCGCGCGCUUCGGCCUGCCGUGGAUGAGCUACUGGCGCUUCGCCGACGCGGAGCAGCUCGCGGCGCUGACACAGCUGCUGGACCUGAUGCGCGCGGCCGGCGCCACCAUCAUCAACGGCACCGAGAUCACCGACCACGAGACCAUUGUCAGCCCGGACGGCUGGGACUGGAACUGGGGCGUCACGUCGCGCGGGCGCGCCAACGAGUCGGAGCUGACCUAUGUCAAGGUGGACUUUUACAACAACAUGAACGCGUACCUGCAGGAGCUCACCAACACCAACGUGAAAACCGUCGACGACAUCAUCCGGUACAACUUUGAGAAUGACGGCGCCGAGGGCGGCCACCCCUGGCCCCGGGGCCACCCGGCCUUCUACUCGGGCCAGGACGUCUUCCUGGACUCGCAGAAGACGCGCGGCGUGCAGGACCAGACGUACUUCCAGGCGCUCGAGUACGUGCAGGGCACGGCGCGCAGGGGCAUCGACGACGCGCUGCGGAGCAACGGCACGCGCCUCAACGGCCUGCUGGUGCCGCCGGCGGUCGGGCAGAGCUACCAGCAGGCGGCGCAGGCGGGCUACCCGGCGGUGACGAUCCCGGUGGGCGUGAGCAGCGACUCGGGGAUGCCGUUCGGGCUGGCGAUCUUGCAGACGGCGUGGCGCGAGGACGAGCUGGUCAAGUGGGCGAGCGCCAUCGAGGACCUCCAGCUGACCUCGGAGACGACGCUGAAGCGCACCCGUCCGACCUGGAGGGGGUACCUGACGCGCAACGUUCCGGUGCCGUUUUGA